AUGUUGGCGCCAGUGACGGCCUCCGGGGCGGGGCGGGGCCGGGCGAGGUUCGGCGGAGCUCGGUGCUGAGCGCGCGACCUCCGGCCUGAGGCCGCUGCUGAGCAUGCGCAACCCAGGCGGCGCCGGCCGGGGUCCGCGGCGACCGGAGGGAUCGAGAAAGAGGAAGUGGGUCGUUUCGGUUCUGUGACCGUAGUCACCGCUGUCAGGGAGCGCGGGUGAGCGGCAGUUCACUGCCCCCUUCCCAGAAGAGCCAGAAAUGACCAAGUCCCUGGGAUCUGUGUCGUUCAAGGAUGUCACUGUAGACUUCAGCAGAGAGGAGUGGCAGCAGUUGGACCUCGCUCAGAAAAGCCUGUACAGGGAUGUGACGCUGGAGAACUAUUUCAACCUGCUCUCAGUGGGGUGUCAAGUUCCCAAACCAGAAAUCGUUUUCCACUUGGAGCACGGAGAAGAGCCGUGUCUGUUGGAUGGUGAAAUCUCAAGUCAGAGCUGUCUAGGUGGGAAUAUUGGCUUCAAAACUUCAUUACAGGGAAUGUCUGAAGAAGUUUCAGUCCAGUUUGAGAGAAUUAAUCUCUUCACAAGAGAUGACCCAUAUUCCAUUUUAGAAGAAUUGUGGCAAGGUGAUGAACAGACAAGGAGAUAUGAGGGAAACCAGAACAAACAUUUAAGUCAUGUCACCUUCAUCAACAAGGAAACACUAACUAAUGGGAGGGACUGUGAGUGUAAGGACCUUGGGAAAAUAGUUCCUGUAAACACACACCUUGUUCCUUCAAGAAAAAGACUCUGUAGCCAUGACUCUUUUGGAAAGAGUUUGAAGCCUAUUGUAAGCUCAUGUAAUUAUAAUGAAAACAAUGCAACAGAAAAUCUUGAUGAGAUUGUGGGAUGUAGUAAUAUUUUCACUCAUAUGAAUUCUCAUACAGAAAUGAAUGCUUGUGAAUGUAAUCAAUGUAAGAAACUUCUGAGUCAUAAGCAAGUUCUCAUUCAACAUCAAAAAGUUCAUACUGGGGAGAACCUCUGUUUAUUUUCUGAUUGUAUAAAAAUUUUCACCCAGAAGUCACACUUCUUUGCACUUCAAAGUAUUUACACUGAAGAGAAACAGCUUGAUUGCAGCAAAUGUGAGACAGUCUUCACCCAGAACUCCCAACUUCCUGUACCUCAGAAGGUUUAUACAGGAGAGAAACCCUAUAUAUGCGCUAAAUAUGAGAAGGACUUUUCCCUCAGGUCAAACCGUGAGAAAACUCAUACUGAGGAGAAUCACUAUAAAUGCAAUAAAUAUGGAAAAGUUUUUAUCCAGAAGUCAGAUCUGUUUAGCUACCAGGGAAUUCAUACUGGAGAAAAACCCUAUGAAUACAGUGAAUGUGGGGAAAACAUCUCACAGAAUUCAAACCUCAAUGUACAUAAAAAAAAAAUUCAUACUGGAGAGAAGCAUUUUGGAUGUACUGAAUGUGGAAAAGCCUUCACAAGGAAAUCAACACUAAUUAUGCAUCAGAAAAUUCAUACAGGAGAAAAACCCUAUGUAUGCACCGAAUGUGGGAAAGCCUUUAUCCGGAAGUCACAUUUUAUUACACAUGAGAGAAUUCAUACUGGAGAGAAACCUUAUGAAUGCAGUGACUGUGGGAAGUGCUUUAUAAAGAAGUCACAACUCCAUGUGCAUCAGCGAAUUCACACAGGAGAGAAUCCUUUCAUAUGUUCAGAAUGUGGCAAGGUCUUCACUCACAAGACGAAUCUCAUUAUACACCAGAAAAUUCAUACUGGAGAGAGACCCUAUAUAUGUACUGAAUGUGGGAAGGCCUUUACUGACAGGUCAAAUCUCAUUAAACACCAAAAAAUCCAUACUGGAGAGAAACCCUAUAAAUGCAGUGACUGUGGAAAAUCAUUCACCUGGAAGUCACGGCUGAGGAUACAUCAAAAAUGUCAUACUGGAGAGAGACAUUAUGAAUGCAGUGAAUGUGGGAAAGCAUUCAUUCAGAAGUCAACACUAAGUAUGCACCAGAGAAUUCAUAGAGGAGAAAAGCCCUAUGUUUGCACUGAAUGUGGGAAGGCCUUCUUCCACAAGUCACAUUUUAUUACACAUGAGAGAAUUCAUACUGGAGAGAAACCUUAUGAAUGCAGUGAUUGUGGGAAAUCCUUCACUAAGAAAUCCCAGCUCCAUGUACAUCAGCAAAUUCACACAGGAGAAAAACCCUACAGAUGUGCUGAAUGUGGAAAGGCUUUCACUGACAGAUCAAAUCUCUUUACACACCAGAAAAUUCAUACUGGAGAGAAACCCUAUAAAUGUAGUGACUGUGGAAAAGCCUUCACUCGGAAGUCAGGCCUCCAUAUACAUCAGCAGUCUCAUACUGGAGAAAGACAUUAUGAGUGCAGUGAAUGUGGGAAAGCCUUUGCAAGAAAAUCAACACUAAUUAUGCAUCAGAGAAUUCAUACAGGGGAGAAACCCUACAUUUGUACUGAAUGUGGAAAGUCCUUCAUCCAGAAAUCACACUUAAAUCGACAUCGGAGAAUUCAUACUGGGGAGAAACCAUAUGAAUGCAGUCACUGUGGGAAGGCCUUCAUUAAGAAGUCACAACUCCAUGAGCAUCAUCGAAUUCACACAGGAGAGAAACCAUAUAUAUGUGCAGAAUGUGGAAAGGCCUUCACCAUCAGAUCAAACCUUAUAAAACACCAGAAAAUUCAUACUAAACAGAAACACUAUAAAUCCACUGACUUUAGAAAAGCUUUAAACUGGAAGCCACAACUCAGUAUACAUCAGAAAUCUGAUACUGGGGAAGCUGAGUGCCCAGUGCCAUGAUCAUGGUAUGGAGAUACAAAGUUUUGAGAGGCUACAGCUUGACCAAGAAGCAGGAGGUAACCAAAGCCAACUUUCCUCUAUCUAGUCAGAAGUAUGAAUACCUGGAUCACACAGCCAAUGUCCAGUUACACAUAUGGAGAGAUACUUUGCAGAGAGUCUUUAAGCACCGUAUGAUGGCCGUGGUUGCUUACUUGACAGAUACUAGGGUCGUCAAGCCCCUGAAAAUAGUAGUAAAUAUGCAAGGAGAUGCCUUGACAAUCUUUCUGGCUUCAUGUUUUGGAUAAGCAGCUUUAUAAAUUUAGGCCUGUUGAGUUUUUCAUGCCCUGGGUAGCAAAAAUAUUCACUAUUGACCAAAGGAAUUUCUUAAUGAGUAGAGUGCUAAGAAAAUUUUUUGUUGUCUAGGCACCCUAUGGACACUGAAAUCAAGGAAAAAGUAUAGACAAUUCAGGUCUAUAAUGAAGAGAAGCCAGAAGUUUUUGUGAAAAUUGACAUUAAAGACACAAAGAAAGGACUCUUUUUUUUCUUUUCUUUGGGAAGUCACUAUUAUUUAUUGUUUAUAGUAUUUAUUAGCAUGUGGAAACUUGGAUUAAAAAAUUUUAAAUUUACAGUUUCACUCAGAUUGGCAAAUCAGGUCUGCAGGCUUACCUCAACAUUCACAGACAUCUUUAGGUAACCAGUAUGUUCCCUCUUUUAUUAAUUCUCUGCCAUGGCAGCAAGUAACUUCCACCCAAGAGGUAGAAAGUGCUCCCAGCCUGUUUCCCAAAAAUGAUCGAUGAUGUAGGCAGUAGCCCCAUGGACUAGUUGUCACCUUAGAACUGGCCCUGAGAUCCUGGAACUUAGCUACAGAUUACAAAUCUAGAUAUCAGCACUGGAGUCUCGGCCUGGUCCACAGAAACCUAGCUGUUUACUGAUUUCUCUUUGAAAAAGAGACAAGUUAUGAAAAUGGGUUUCAAAACCUAGAAUUCUUUCCUUCCAAUUUUGUUAAUACAUUCUCUUCAUAUUCAUUACGUGGUAGGUUAUUAUGGGACACAGUUGUCUUGCAUUUGAGCUUGUUUUCUUAGAAGACAGUUGCACAUUUGGAAGAGUACCCCUCCCAUGCACUCCCAGUCUGCAAAUUAAUCUUAUUUAAUUGUGUUCUCAAAUCCUCUAUAUUCUUAUGGACUAUUCUGCCUUUUAUUCUAUCAGAUCCUGAAAGAAGUGUGUUAUAAUCUUCCAGGAUAAUUGUGAAUUUGUCUCCUUUAGAUCUACCAAUUUUUGCUUUAUAUAUUUUGAGUCUUUGUUUUUACAUACAUUCAAAUUUAAAAUUUUUAUACUCUUCCUGGUUAAUUGAAACUUAAACAUUAUGAAAUGUCCCUUUUUAUAUCUAGUGAUGCUUUUUGUCUUAAAAUUUACUGUGUCAGCUGUUAAUACAAUAUGCAUACUUUACUUACUAAAGGCUAAUAUAAAUUAGUAUUCACCCCACUUCCUGGACAAGCUGAGGAGUUACAGCAUUGUCUGUUUAUUUACUUCUGGACGUGUAUGGUAUUGAUGCCGUGCAUUUGAAUUCUGUGUGUAGUCAAUGUGGCCAUUGUUUCAGUCAAUUUUUAUUUAGAUUAGUCCACACAUUUAUGCUUUUCAUUACUUUUUUAUUCCUUCUUGUCCUUUAGGUUUCCCUCUAGAAUCAUUUUCCUUCUGACUGAAGAACCUUUUAGUAUUUCUUUUAGUAUGUUUUUGCUAGUGACAAAUUCUGGGUUUUUUUAAUUUGUUGGAAAAUGUCUUUAUUUUGCCUUCAUUUUUGAAGGAUAUUUUUACUGAAUAUAGAAUUCUAAGUUGGCAGUUGUUUUCUAUUAGUAUUUUGAAGAUAUUUUGUUAUGGUUUGUCUUCCAUUGUUGUGUUGAAAAGUAAGCUUUCACUUUAAUUCUCUUUGAAGGUAAUGUGUUUUCCCCUCCCUUCUUUUCUCUCACUCCUUUAAAACUUAUGCCUUUAUCUUACGCUGGCAGCAGUUGCAGAAUGAUAUGUGUAGGUGUGAUUUUGUAUGUAUAUAGCCUGUUUGGGGUUUGCAGUAUUUUUUAAAAAUCUAUAGCGUAGUGGGGUUUUUUUUUUUUUCACAUUUUGGGAAACUUCUAGCUAUUAUCUAUUCAAAUUAUGGGUCUACUUCAUUAUCUUCCUCUGGUUCUAGAGAAAGCCCCAUUAUCUAGAUCCCCUGGUGACCUUUUUCUAUUGGUAGUUGUUUCUCUUGGGUUUUGGUGAUGUCUUCCCAUUUAUCUGGUGAUUUAAAAUCAAGUAGCAGACACUAUAUAUAAAAAAAAUUGUAGAGAUAAUUAGAUUGCCUGGAUGAUAUCUUCCAGAGAGGAUUUGCCUUUCCUUCUAACAGGUGACUAGGCCAGGAACACUGGCAAUCCCUGAUUACCAGUCCCUGUGAAGGUCUGUCUAUAUUUUUUCACUCUUAUUCCUAGAGGAUACCCUUAAGACUUAGGACUUUGGGAGACUUAUCAGGCCCCUGCUCCUUGGAAAGACCUUAAUUCUAGUACUUUUCUCUUUAGUCCCAUAAAUUUGUCAAAAACUGUCUUAAGCCUCUCUUGCCCAGUAUUUGCUUUAAGAAUUAACAAAUACCUCUUCUUAGUAAAUUGUUCCAAAUUCCAGAGGUUAAGUCUCAUGUCUAAUCUUAUUCCUGCAGUUUCUUACUUCCCUGGUAGUUCUUUAGUGCCAUCCCAAAAUUACAUGUAUUUAGUAGUUUCUUCCACGUUUUUUAGUUCUCAGGUGAGUGCUGGUCUGUACCACCCACCCACUUUGCCAUUAGCAGAAGUUUUCAAAUCACUGAGAUAUUUAAGAUAUUUAAUAAUUCUUAUUUAAGGAGUAUGGAGUCCAGAAAUAUAUACUUUUUAAUUACCAAAACUCUCCAAACUGAAAAAUGAAAAUGCUUUGCAACAAGUUUAUUCCCAGUUUUCGUUGCUAAAAGUUAAAGACAUUUACUCUUUUGUUAAAGACUUUAUAAACUUUGAUACAUAAAAGAAAAUUACGUCUGGUGGUGUCAAAUUUUAUUAUGGUAGCUGCCAGACUUUAACACCUGGAGGAGAUUGACUUAGAGCCUCUCAAAUUUCUUCUUUAAUAGUAUGUUUUUUCCUUUGGAUAAUAAUAGAAAAUUAAGUUAAUGAAGACUAGUUUAAGGACCCAGGAGUUUGAAAGUAAGAAUUUCAAAGAUUAAUUUAGUAGGAUUACUGACGUAGUGAUUCUCAACCUUUUUAUUCUCAGGCACAUUUUAAAAAAUAUAAUUCUACAUUAUCAAGCCAAAAAAGAAAAAGACAAAAGAGACAUUUUACCUUUUGUCAACACAGUAUUAAUCUCUAGGAGAAAGGCAGACUUUCUUUUGUGGGCCUCAAUGUAUCUUAAGGUGUACCUGGGAAUUGAUUGAGGAGUGGAUGAUGGAAAAUUAUGAGUGGUAUGGAAGAGCUCAACCUUAAUUAUGUUGAACUCUAUGGUCAGUAUAGAUUGGAGGCAUGUGG